GAUGCGGCCUUGCGCGCCUAUGCGAUCCGCUUGGAGUCCCAGAAGUCACUUCGGCGCGUCCAACCAAGUUCGUUCUUAAGAGGUUGCCUCAAAAGACACCUCUCUCCACGAGAACACAAGUCCGUUCUUUGCGUAGUUGGAAUUGAAAAACUGCCCAGAAGUCUACUGCGCAUGUGCAAAGGAAAAAAUGGCGCGUCAAAAACGUGUAGUCGUGAUUACGCACGCAACGUAGAUAGUAGUGGUGCCGCAUCAGUGCGGUACAAAAACCGCAAGAAAUUGUUAAAGUUACCAGCGUUUGUGCAUGUUUUCAACCUCAGUUCAUCCAAACACAAACAAAUAAACAUGUAACGUUAGCUCUGUUCACAGAGAAUAAUGACAAGCCUGGCAGAGAAAGGUCCUUCAGAAAGCAGCGUCGAGAUAUGAACAGUGAUUUAGAGGAAGACAUGAUGGUGGAUGACUGGCUAACAGCCAAACAAGAUCUCUUCGACACAUCAGAUGAAGAGCUGAAUGAUGACCUUUUGUGCAGCGAUGAUGAGAACGAAACUAUGAGAUAUCACUAUGAAAGCAUUUCCCAACCAAAACUGAAGGCAAUUGCAAUGCCUUUCAUUGUGUGCAGGACCUCACACCUUGCCAAAGACCAAGCCACGUGCGCUGAAGAAGAGCGGACCGAAAUAGAGGUGGACCCUGACGAAGUUUUAGACAUCGAAAUCAAUGCUCCGUCUGGAGAUGAAUUUCAAAGUGGAGCAGAGUUACGAGGGGGACUCUGUUCUCCUCACAUGCACUCCUCCUGCAGGGAACAGCCUGCCCCAAAGAAGACCUUCACUCGAACCUGCUGCAGUCCUGAGACAAGGUUCCCAGGACAGCAUAUGUUAGAUCAACAACACCCUGCUUCAGUUCUGGACACUAAUCCGCUCCUGGCUGGACAGACUCCCAAGGGCUUUCUUCUACCUCCAGGACGUGAGAGCGACCCCCGGAGGCCCAGUCCAGCUCUACAGGGACCCAUGAGUCCAUCAAAGUCUGGAAGACCCAAACCCACACAGGACCCUCUUCGGAAUUAUCCAUCACCUCGGACUGUCCCCCACUUUCCCGAUCCCUCUGGAUCCCGGGCACGGAAACCUGCUGUGCUGGUUAGAGCCGUUGCAAGGAUGGGAUCGAGUGCCAAGCCGAUGGCUGUUGCCAGGGGGAUACCCAUUGCUACCAAGCAGCCAGCAAGUGCCAAGUCUACCAUCUCUGCCAAAACUCCACCAGCGCAGGGGACGGUGGGAAGGAAUGCGGGUCAGAAGGUCAAGGAGGAGCCUCAAACUCCUCCAGCUCCUCAAAAACUCCCCAUGAAGCCGCAAAACAAUGAAGGGUGUGGUGAUGAUAGCGAGUUGUAUAGGCAGAGACUGAUGGAGCAGAUACAACUGAGGAAGGAGAUCUUGGAGCAUAAGGAACGAAGGAGGCGUAAGCAGGCCUUGAAGAAGAAGCGCCGGCUAAAGAAGCGCCACCGGAGAGGUUCCAAUAGAUGCAAGAAAAACAACCAACAAAAACCUACUCUUUGUUCUGUCUUGAAUUGCCAUUCAGAAUGCCAGCCAGUACCUCAGGAGCAUCAGUACCAUCAUUUAGUGGCCACACCUCAUGCUUAUUCAGGCCGGGCGAAAGAGAUGCCGUUUUAUUGCCCUCAUCAGGUGGGCACGGAUAGGGUGGUAUUCCCAGGUCACAGGAACCUACACUGCAGCACUGCAUUGGCGUCACAAGCGUGGGAAGUUAGGAAGAGAAAGCUAGAGUUGGGAGAUUCCGAUACGUCUGUACCUAUCAAAAUUAGAGUGGUCAAACACUUCAACACAAGUGAUAGACAAGAAAGCACAAGCUCUAAUCUUAGACGCCAGAUGAGUGAAGAGUUCAGGAAUGUGAUUGAAACUGAGCCCAGAAUUGUCAUCUUAACAACACUUGAUUCAUUUCAACAACACAGCCCAAGACUGCUCUGCCCCAAUCACAGUAGAGUAGCCAUCCCAAACCAGUCCCAGCACAAGGUGCCAGUCGGGGAAAACCAAGGCUGUGCUUUCAUACCCUUCAGUUCCGGCCUGAGAACAGAGUCUGUUGCUGCUCAAAGCAAUGUCAACUUCAUAGUAAGACUUGAUCAAUGAGAGUAUCCGUGCUCAAACUUUUUUGUUUGUUUGACAACAUGCUGAGAAGAAAAAGUAAUGUUUGCUUGUUUUGGCAAUAUUUUUGUUAUGAACAAAGUUUGAUUGACAUUUGGUCUUGAAAGUGUCUUUUCCCCAUUGUUAAAAAGGUUGACAUUUUGCUCCUUGGUUUCAUUAAAUACACUGGCUGAA